AUGUUGCUAGCCGCGCCGCCCGCGCUCCUGCAGCACUCGCUGGCGCCUCGCCUCUCGCUGAGCUCUCCGCCGCUCCGCAUCCGCGACGCUCCACUCAUGCGCACGUGGCAGGAUGCUGUGUCCAGCGCACAGGACCGAGCGGCGACUGUCAAGGCGGAGCAGGAUGCCGUCGCCGCAGUCAUGCUGACCGGCACCGCCGGUUGCCUCUUUGUGCCAGGCGUGCUGCUUCUGCCGAUAGACAAUUUGGCGCUGGACCUGCUCGCGUCGUCACUCGUUGGCGGUCUCCUCGGCGUCGCCGCUGGCUUUGGGGACGGCGCGGUGGGUGCAGCGCUGCGCAGCGUCGGCGGCUGGGUGGUCGACGCGCUGCCGCUGGACAAGCUUCCGUCGGUAUCGUACGCCGACGUGAAAAAGUACGGCGUCGCGGGCACCAUUGCGUACAUCCUCACCGAGUUGGCGUUCUGGGCAGUCGCCUUCCCGGUCGCCUCGACCUCCUUCUACAACCUGAACGGUCACUGGCCCGACUUUGGCGAUGGCGCCGACCGCGCCGCAGUGCUGGCGUUCAUCUUCGCGGGCGCCAAUGUGGCGCGGCUGGUGGUGCCGCUCCGGUUCGGUGCGGCGUUUGCGCUCGCGCCUUGGGUGGAGGAGAACGUCUGCCAGAGGUUCGGCAUCGGCGGCGGCCGGGAAGGCGCCUGA